CUUUCAAAUAUCUGCUUUAAAUAUUUUUUGGUAAAUAUUCUCAAGUAAAAAUGUGAAGUUCAUAAUUACUUUUCCUUUAUCUACCUCGUUUGUAAAAAUUUAUAUUAUUUAUUUCAUGUGAUGAGGUCACUUCCUGUUAGUGCUCCAGGUUCUGCAUGAAAACAAUGAGACAGACAUAGUGUGCUCUCUCUGAUAAUCCAUUGCAUCCACUAAAAAGCAUCGUAGAGGCAAUGCCUGCACAUUGUUGUGAAUGGAGGAGGAGGAGGAAGAGGACGGAGCAGUGGGAGGCUCCCUGUAUGAGGCGGUGUGGGAUUUUGACCAAUAAAAAAAUGUUCUUCGCUUGUGCCUAAUUACAAUGUCGGCCUGUAAAUAGAGCGGCCACGAGGCGGGCGUUAUUCAUUCUCUCGCAGUUUACUGGAGAAGCAGCAGCAGCAGCAACAUGCCCGACCCAGCCAAGGCCGCUCCCAAGAAGGGAUCCAAGAAAGCCGUGACCAAGACGGCCGGCAAAGGAGGCAAGAAGUGCAGAAAGUCCAGGAAGGAGAGCUACGCUAUCUACGUGUACAAAGUCCUGAAGCAGGUGCACCCCGACACCGGCAUCUCUUCUAAGGCGAUGGGCAUCAUGAACUCGUUCGUGAACGACAUCUUCGAGCGUAUCGCCGGUGAGUCCUCUCGUCUGGCUCAUUACAACAAGCGCUCCACUAUCACCUCCAGGGAGAUCCAGACCGUCGUGCGCCUGUUGCUUCCCGGCGAGCUGGCCAAGCACGCCGUGUCCGAGGGUACCAAGGCAGUCACCAAGUACACCAGCUCCAAGCAGCAGAAUGCGUGCAUCGCCACUCAGGGACCUCUGCCCGAGACCACUGAGGAUUUCUGGAGGAUGCCAUGGGAACACAACUCCACCAUUGUGGUGAUGCUGACCGACCUCUGCGAGAUAGGAUGGGAGCAGUGUCAUCAGUACUGGCCGGCUUAUCGCUCCACCCAUUAUCAGUACUUCGUGGUCGACACCAUAGCUGAGUGCAUCAUGCCAUACUACAUCCUGCGAGAGUUUGUAGUCACCGACGUCAGGGACAGCCAAUCGCGGAUGAUCCGUCAGUUCCAGUUCACUGAUUGGUCCGAGCAGGGUCUGCCAGAGACAAGUGAGGGAUUCAUUGUCUUCAUUGGCCAAGUGCAUAAAACCAAUGAGAAAUUUGGCCAGGAUGGACCAAUCACUGUGCACUGCAGUCAAUGAUGGCCUGAAGUCUGGAGCCCAUCUUCUCAAAACUCAAAUUCUGAGUUUCCUCCCUGGAGAUGCUUCGCCAGGCCUUCACUGCAGCCACCUUCAGUUGCUGCUUGUUUGUGGGUCUUUCUGCCUUCAGUCUUGUCUUCAGUAAGUGAAAAGCAGCUCUAUUGGGUUGAGAUCAGGCGACUGACUUGGCAAUUGAAGAAUAUUCCAUUUCUUUGCCUUUAGAAAGUCUUGAGUUGCUUUCGCAGUAUGUUUAGGGUCAUUAUCCACCUGCACUGUGAAGCGGCGUCCUAUCAGUUUUGUAGCAUUUGGCUGAAUGUGAGCAGAGAGUAGAGCCCUAUACACCUCAGAAUUCACCUUGCUACUUCUGUCAGCAGUCACAUCAUCAAUAAACACCAGUGAGCCCGUUCCAUUGGCAGCCAUACAUGCCCAUGCCAUAACACUUCCUCCACCAUGUUUGACACAUGAUGUGGUAUAUUUUGGAUCAUGAGCUGUUCCUUUCUUUCGCCAUACUUUUCUCUUUCCAUCAUUCUGGUACAAGUUAAUAUUGGUUUCAUCAGUCCAAAGAACAAAAUAUUCCAGAACCUUGCACCUUGUUGUAAACCCUCUGUAUUUACAUUCAUGAAGGCGUCUCUUGAUUGUAGAUUUUGACAAUGACACGCCUACCUUCUCCAGAGUAUUCUUGACUUCUGUUGAUGUUGUGAAGGGGUUUUUCUUCACCAAGGAAAGGAUUCUGUGAUCAUCCACUUUAGUUGUCUUCCGUGGUCUUCCAGGCCUUUCGAUGUUGCUGAGCUCACCAGUGCUCUUUCUUUUGAAGAAUGUACCCAACUGUUGAUUUGGCCACACCUAAGGUUUUUGCUAUCUCUCUUAUAGAUUUAUGUUGUUUUUUCAGCCUAAUUCAAUUCAACUCAGUUUUAUUUGUAUAGCGCUUUUAACAAUGGACAUUGUCACAAAGCAGCUUUACAGAAAUAAAUGGAUUAACAAAAAAUAUAUUAUAAAUAUUUGAAUUUAUCACUGUGAAUUUAUCCCUAAUGAGCAAGCCAGUGGCGACGGUGGCAAGGAAAAACUCCCUGAGAUGAUAUGAGGAAGAAACCUUGAGCGGAACCAGGCUCAAAAGGGAACCCAUCCUCAUCUGGGUGCAACGGAUAGUGCGAUUAAAUAAAUAAAUCCCUUCUAUUAUUGUGCGCUAUAAGGACAAGUAGUGCAAUUGUGCAACCAAUAAAUUCAUCACAGUUUCCGCAAGAAGUCCAGUUGGUUAAAAUCUAUCCACUGUCCACUGAUGGAGUCCUGAGUACGAAGCUGCUCGUGGCAACCGCCACUACAGCAAUCACAGUCCCAAGCCAUUACAGUACAGUUCCCCAUAUGUGAUCCCCAAACCAUCUCCACAGCCCCCAGGUGGCACCAUCUCCAGCAAACCAAAUGGAGUCCAUAUGGAGCCCCAGCAGCAGCGAGCGAACUCAACUGAUGAGAACUCCAACCAGAAGUAGGGCAUCAGGAUGGGUCAAGAAGCGAGGAGGAGCAGAAGGGGCAUCAGGAUGGGUCAGACAGCGAGGAGGAGCAGAAGGGGUCAGGAUCACUGGCAACUCAGAAGCAGCAUGUGUAGCUCGACAGAGAGUGAGGGAGAGAAAGAGAUGGAGAGAGAGGAAGAGAAUGUUAGAUAAGCUUUGUCCACUAAUGGUUAAGCAAAAUAUACUUUGCAUGCAGAGUGAAAGCAGGGACUCCGGCAAGACUAGCUAUGACAGCAUAACUAAAAGGGAGAGCCAGAAGCUAGCACAGACAUGAGGGCACCCUGGGACAUAAAGCAGCAGCCACUCCACCGUCGACAAACCCGAGUGAACGUGUGAGAGUGGGGGGGCGACAGCAUCCAAACAUCCCAGUUCACCACAACACUCUAUGCCUGUGAACCCUCCAGACCUGCCCCUGUACCUAAGAAAACACUAUUCACAAAAGGCUUGACUAAACAAAUAUGUUUUCAGCCGAGACUUAAACACUGAGACUGUGUCUGAGCCCCGAACACUAAGUGGAAGGCUGUUCCAUAACUGGGGGCUUUGCAAGAGAAGGCUCUACCCCCAGCUGUAGCCCGCACUAUUCGAGUUACCAACAAAUAGCCUGCACCUUUUGAUCUGAGUAGGCGUGGCGGAUCAUAAAAGACCAAAAGUUCGCUCAGGUACUGUGGUGCGAGACCAUUUAGUGCUUUAUAGGUCAAUAGUAGUAUUUUAUAAUCAAUACGAAAUUUGAUUGGGAGCCAAUGCAGUGUGGAUAAGAUAGGGGUGAUGUGGUCAUAUCUUCUGGUUCUAAUAUGGAUUCUUGCUGCAGCAUUCUGGACUAACUGGAGCUUGUUUAUGCAUCUACUGGAACAUCCAGACAGUAAGGCAUUACAAUAAUCCAACCUAGAGGUAACAAAAGCAUGAACUAAUUUUUCUGCAUCGUGUAGUGACAAUAUAUUUCUUAUUUAGCAAUAUUUCUGAGAUGAAAGAAAGCGAUCCUAGUUAUAUUAUCUACAUGAGCUUCAAAAGAAAGACUAGAGUCGAUAAUCACACCAAGGUCUUUUACUGCUGCAGAUGAUGAAACAGAAAGGCCAUCCAGAGUUAUUAUGUAAUCAGAAAGCUUACUUCUAACUGCAUGUGGUCCUAGUACAAGUACUUCUGUCUUGUCAGAAUUAAGCAAGAGAAAGUUAAUAAGCAUCCAGUUUCUAAUGUCUUUUACACAUUCCUCAACUUUAUUAAGCUGAUCUCUAUCAUCUGGCUUUGCUGAAAUAUACAACUGUGUGUCAUCAGCGUAACAGUGGAAGCUAAUACCAUGUUUACGGUUAAUUUUGCCCAGAGGUAGCAUAUAUAAAGAAAAGAGCAGUUGGCCUCAAACAGAGCCUUGCGGGACACCAAACUUUACCUUAGUAAGAAAAGAGAAGUCACCAUUUACGUUUACAAACUGAUAACUAUCAGUCAAAUAAGACCUGAGCCAGGAAAGGGCCGUCCCCUUAAUGCCUACUACAUUUUCUAGUCUAUCGAGGAGAAUAGCAUGAUCAAUAGUAUAAAAAGCUGCACUAAGGUCAAGCAGCACAAACAAGGAGACACAACCCUGAUCAGAGGCCAGUAGUAAGUCAUUUACCACUUUUACUUACAUAGGAAUAACAUUCAUGAAAUGUAUCAGUCAGGAUUUAGGCCUCAUCAUGCUCCCUGGCCUUGGCUCUGGAUUGUCACCAAUUAACUAGGCCUGUUCUGAGACUAUGUGCUAUGCUGCAAGAAAUGAGAGCAGCACCUUCCCGAGUGGGAUGGACACCGUCCCACCCUAACAGGCCAGCCUUGCCCUCAAAGAUAGUCCAGUUAUCUAUAAAGCCCACAUUGUUUUCGGAGCACCACCUGGACAUCCAGCAGUUCAGCGACCAUAACCUGCCGUAAGCUACAUCGCCACGCUGCAUUGGGAUGGGGCCAGAGCAUAUUACAGCAUCAGACAUCGCCUUCGCUAAUUUACACACUUCUACCAUGAAUAACUAUCUUUGAGAACCUGUGCUUGCCUAAGACCCUAAGAUUACCUGCUAUGUCCGGCACCCUGGCUCCCGGUAUACACCUAACUAAAGCUGCUGGUGCCCCUAAAGGCCUAGCUAAUUUCACGUGCCGCAAGAUAGUCACCUAUAACCAGAGCUCUUUCAGGUUUCUCAGCAGGUGCUUCACUGAGGAGAGCAAACCUGUUGGACACGUGAAGCGGAGAGGAGUGGUGCUCCCGUGGGCGAGCCUUAGCGUUAGCUUUGGCUUUGCGAUUAUGCCGCCGAGUCGUCACCCAUUCGCCCCACUGUGAGGGCUCUAAUGCCGCAGUUGGGGGAUUACUAACUCCGCCUAAGGCAUCCAGACUUUCCGUUACAGAAACUACACUGCUCUAACUCUCACUAACCCUCUCUAGAGUCUGGAUGCGCACCUCUAAUGCUGCAAUCUUCUCCGUCAGAGUGCUAACUAGCAUGCAUUUAUCACAAAUAAAGCUAUUACUAACGACGGAGGAAGAUGGGUGAGGGCUGAAUGAAGAGCAGUGGAAAUGGCAACCUCUGUCGACCUGUUUGGGCUGUAGGCAGUCCCCACCAGAUCUUAAGAUGACAAACACUCAGGUCUUAAGAUCAGCGCUUCAUGGAAAUAAAUUAGGAUAGUUGAAUUAGGGAUGGGUGACAUGGCGAUAUUGAUAUCGAUAUUGUAUAAUUUGUCACAGUAUGCUUUUCGGAGCAAUCACCAAUGUCAUCAGUAUUUUUUUUAUGAUGGUUUUAAUAAUUUAUAUAUAUAUUUUUAAAAUAUAAUACUGAUUCAAAAAUUUUAAUCAUUGUAGUUAGAGAUUUGUGUAGAUUUUUCAUUUUCUCUUUAGUAAAAGGCAUUAAAUAAUCAAAUCAUUGUAAAAAUGUUUUAAUGCCGCAGUACUGUACUUUAUAUCGUGAUAUCAUGUAUUGUGUAUUCAAGCAUCGUGAGAUAGAUAGAGAGAUAUAUUUUUGUCAUAUUGCUCCAGCUCUAGUUUUAAAAGGACAGUCAAAUUUAGUUCGUAAUUUCAUCGUUGCAGACUUGAACUGUUUUUAUCUUAUCAAAUGUCGGAUUUUGUUUUGAACAGAACUCCAUCAUUCUUCAUUAAUGUCUAAGUGCAUUCUUAUUGGCUGAAAGCAGAAGGAAUGAACGCAUAAAUCAAUAUUCACAUAGAUUGCCCCCCCCCCCCCCCCCCCCCGCAAAAUGGAUUCUAAAGGAGAACAUAUUGGUUUUGGAUAACUGAUGAUAACUGAGUGUUAUAAUUCUGUGUGUGUGUGUGUGUGUG